CCCCUGGAAGCUUUGUUCCUUCCGCCAUUUUGCUCCGUGCGAGAAGGGCUCAUUUUUCUCUAUCAUUUGAGGCGAAAUUCAGCUUAUUUCAACGCUACAGCAGCCAGUCAACGUUUGGAACAUAUAGGCUGGGCCAAGCAGUGGAAGAAGUGUUGAAGAAAAGACCUUCGGGCAUUCUGGGGACGAGACUAGCAACAGAGAGAACGAGAGAGGCACGAGAGGGCAACUGGACAAGGAAAAGGAGACUGUGUGGUUUUAACACUCCACCAACCGACAAGGUGCGCUCAUCACAGAUAUUUGUGCAAACUCAUUCAGGAAAGAUGGAAGGACAAAGAGCACAGGAUGUUUUGGAUGCUGCUUUGGCUGCGUCCCACAGAUGCGACCAGUGCGGAUACAGGACGCCUUACAAAUCCCACCUAAUUAGGCAUAUGCGAAAACAUACAGGUGAGAAACCCUUUAAGUGCGACCAGUGCGACUAUUCUGCUGCACUGAAAGGCAGUCUAGAUCACCAUAUGAGAAAACAUACAGGUGAGAAGCCCUACAAAUGUGACCAGUGUGACUAUUCUACUGUACGGAAAGGUGAUUUGGACAUCCACAUGGCUAAGCAUACUGGUGAAAAGCCUUACAUGUGUGGAGAGUGUGGGUACAGGACGGAAUACAAGAACUGCCUAACCCUACAUAUGAGAACACACACAGGGGAGAAGCCCUACAAAUGCGACCAGUGCGACUAUUCUGCUGCACAAAAGAUUGUUUUGACCAGACACAUGGCUCAACAUCUGGAUGAGAAACCCUACAAGUGCGGGGAGUGUGGAUACGGGACAGGGAACAAGUCUCACCUUACCAUGCAUAUGAAAAAACAUACAGGCGAGAAGACCUACAAAUGUGAUCAGUGCGAUUUUACUGCUACACAAAAAUAUAAUUUAGACCAACACAUGACUAUACACACUGGUGAAAAGCCCUACAUGUGUGGAGAGUGCGGGUAUAGAACUGCUCAUAGGUCUAGCCUAACCCUGCAUAUGAGAAGACAUACCGGCGAGAAGCCCUACAAAUGUGAUAUGUGUGACUAUUCUGCUGCACACGGAAUUAGCCUAAAUCGGCACAAGAAGAAACACACGAAAAUGGGCGAGAGAAGCAGCGAGAUUCCUGUGGACGAACUACCAACUGGACAUUAUGGGAACAAGAUGAGCAGCGAGAUUCCUGUGGACGAACUUCCAACUGUACAACCUGUCGACGAGACAAGCAGCUACGAGAUAUUAGACACGGUAAGGCAGCAGAACGAGGAAGAAAGUAUUCCAUGUGGGGAGAAGAGCGAAGAAAAAUCUGACCAUCCUCCCGCCACACAGGGUGGAACAGAGCAGAUGGCCGGGUCUGCGGAGAAAGGUAGUGUAGAGAAAAACUUUACGUUCACAGAGCUUGACUACAGAACAGCUUCAAAGAGCGACCUAUUCAGACACGCUAUAAUCCAUACAGGGGACAAACCCUAUAAGUGUGACCAGUGUGACUAUUCUGCAACAAGGAAAGACUAUUUAAAAAGUCACUUGGUCAAACACACUGGAGAAAAACCCUACAUGUGUGGAGAGUGCGGACAAAGAACAGCUCACAGGUCUGCAUUAACCAAACACAUGAGAAUACAUACAGGUGAGAAACCCUAUAAGUGUGACCAGUGCAACUUUUCUGCAGCAAGGAAAGACUCUUUUGACAACCAUAUAGCCAAACACGCUGGAGAAAAACCCUACAUGUGUGGAGAGUGUGGUUACAGAGCAGCUCACAUGUCUGACUUAACCAAACACAUGAGAAUACAUACAGAUGAGAAACCCUACAAAUGUGACAUGUGCGACUAUUCUUCUGUACGAAAACGUGAUUUGAAAAGACACAUGUCUAAACACUCCAGAGAAACAGAAAAGACAGACAGGCUUGCGCUGAAAACAAGGAAAGACUACUUCGACCGCCACAUAGCCAAACACACUGGAGAAAAACCCUACACAUGCGGAGAUUGCGAAUAUAAAGCAGCUUGCAAGUCUGACUUGACCACACACAUGAAAAUACAUACAGGUGAGAAACCCUACAAAUGUGACAUAUGCGACUAUUCGUCUAAAUGUGAUCUAAAAAAGCAUAUGCCUAAACACACCGGAGACAAACCCUACCUUUGCGAUGAGUGCGGAUUUAGGACUGCUAACAAGUCUACUCUAGUAAAACACUUGAGAAACCAUUCAGGUGAGAAACCCUAUAAGUGUGACCAGUGUGAUUAUUCAGCCGCUAGGAAAAGUUACUUGGACCAACACAAGCUACGACACACCGGUGAGAAACCUCACUUGUGUUGGAUAUGCGGCCUCAGGACAUCUGACAGAUCUGGUCUUAAUGCCCAUAUAAGAAGGCAUGCAGGUUCGGAAGCGGAGAAACCUUAUAAAAAGUAUAACUGUGACCAGUGCAACUACUCUACUGCACAGAAAGACAAGUUACCGCGCCAUAAGCUCACACACACUGGCGAGAAACCCCACAUGUGUGGGGAGUGUGGGUUUAGAACGGCUCAUAGGGCUACGCUGAUCAUUCAUAAGAGAAUACAUACAGGCGAGAAACCCUACAAAUGUGACCAAUGUGGAUAUUCUACCCGAGCAAAAAAUAACCUUAACAAACACAUGGUCCGACAUACGUCUUAG